UUUUAGGGAAAGCUGAGCUUCCCUUGCAGUCUUAGAGAAAUCGCCACUUCUGUACAGUAUAUUGGAGAGAGAGAGAGAGAGGUUGAGCAACCUGUACAGUAUAUUAGAGAGAGAGAGAGAGAGCGUGGUUGAGAGACCUUUGCAGUAUAAUGGAGAGAGGGUGAGAGGUUGAGCGGCCUGUACAGUAUAUUAGAGAGUGAGUGGUUGAAAGACCUUUGCAGUGUGAGACAGCGAGCGGUUGGGCGACCUGUACAGUAUAUUAGAGAGAGAGAGUGGUUGAGAGACCUUUGCAGUGUGAGACAGAGAGCGGUUGGGCGACCUGUACAGUAUAUUAGAGAGAGAGAGAGAGAGAGAGAGAGUGGUUGAAAGACCUUAACAGUAUGAUGGAGAGAGAGAGUGGUUGAGCGACCUGUACAGUAUAUUAGAGAGAGAGGGUGGUUGAGAGACCUUUGCAGUGUGAGACAGAGAGCCGUUGGGAGACCUGUACAGUAUAUUAGAGAGAGAGAGAGUGGUUGAGCGACCUGUGCAGUGUAUUAGAGAGAGAGAGAGUGGUUGAGCGACCUGUACAGUAUAUUAGAGAGAGAGAGUGGUUGAGCGACCUGUACAGUAUAUGAGAGAGAGAGAGUGGUUGAGCGACCUGUACAGUAUAUUAGAGAGAGAGAGUGGUUGAGCGACCUGUACAGUAUAUUAGAGAGAGAGAGAGAGUGGUUGAGCGACCUGUACAGUAUAUUAGAGAGAGAGAGUGGUUGAGUGACCUGUACAGUAUAUUAGAGAGAGAGUGGUUGAGAGACCUUUGCAGUGUGACAGAGAGAGAGUUUGAGUUGAGUGGUUGAAGGACAUUUAGUGUGAUAGAGAGAGAGAGAGGUUGAGCGACCUGUACAGUGUUAUAGAGAGAGAGAGAGAGGUUGAGCGACCUGUACAGUGUGAUAGAGAGAGAGAGUGGUUGAGAGACCUGUACAGUUUGAUAGAGAGAGAAAGUGGGCGUGUCACCUGUGCAGUGUUAUACAGAAGACAGAGAGAGUGAAGCACAUUAACUAAGAGAGAUAGAGAGAGAUAGUGAUAGUGUGUGUGUAUUUGUGUAUUUGCGUGUGGGUGAGAGAGCUAUAGAAUGUAAUUUUUGAAAAUAUAAAGAGUGAGAGACAGGGUUAGAGGAACCUGAGGGAGGAAUGCUGAACCAGAGAAGCUGACGGCAUCACUCACAGAAUGGCGUCCACAGCGCAGUACUCAGGGUGUAACGAAGGAGACACACUGUGUGUAAUUAGACUGUUUGAACCUGAGGUGAUCGUCGUUCCUUUGCUUCUCAUGCUGAGUUUCGUCAUUAUUUUGGCGAUCUUGUUGCUGCUGCGCUUUUGUCCUGAGAAGGUGCAUCGUGUCGGCCCAAAAUUCACUCUAAAGAAACCCAAGCAGGGAGCUGUGAGGAACCUGCGCGGCAUUGAUGCUCCUGCGGGUCUGAAUGCAUUGGAAGGUGAGAGCAUAGCUCUCGAGCAAGCUCCAUCUUACUCCACCUUCACCUCACUGACGAACGGUGGAUCCUCACGAGGUAUCGAUAAUCCAGCGUUCAGUCCUGGUACAUUCAGUAACAGUCCUUUAAUGAACCAUCGCGAGGUUCCUCGGCAACGCCUGCCAGAAGCCUUUAAGUUGGUGGCGAAACUCCCAUGCUCAUACUCUCUGAAAUCGGACAGUACCGUGUCUCUGUACAGAGCUCGCAUGGAGAACAGGAACGUUGUACUGCGGGUACUUAACGACUCGGCAAGUGUCAGUGAGAGUCAGUCGUUUCUGGACUUUGCAUCGUUCUUGUCUCAGUUGGGUCCUCACCCGUUCCUGCCUGAACUGUUGGGUGUGGUUACUCUGCGUGCUCCUCUCAUCAUGGUGAUGGAGGAGUUGGAGAACCAGGACCUUCUGUCAUACCUGUGGAAGUGCAGACAGACAGGAGCGGACUCAUGUGAGAUUACAGAAAGAAGAAUUUUUACAAUGGCGUCUCAGGUGGCUUCUGCUCUGGACUUCCUUCAUUCCAAAGAUAUUAUUCAUGGAAAUAUCAAAGCUCGAAGUGUAUUAAUUAGCAGAAUGCUAACAGCUAAACUGUGGGGGCUCAGCGGUGUGUAUGCAAGAACAACACAUGGAUUGAACUACAACAAUGAUCCUGGGCGGAAAAAAUGGCAGGCUCCAGAGCUACUGGCUAACAGAGCGGCUAGCCAAAAGAGCGAUGUAUGGUCCUUUGGGUUGAUGCUGUACGAGAUGGCGACUCUCGGUGAAGUUCCAUUUGCUGAUCUUCCACCUACUGAACUUCUUCAGUUCCUCCAGAGAGGAAAAUCACUGAAGAAACCACACAACUGCUCCAGCUCACUAUACUCCAUCAUUAAAAGCUGCAGUCAUUUUAAAGAACAAGAUCGCCCGACGAUGGCUGAGAUCAGACACAAACUCCAAUCAGGAGAGAAGAAUGCCAACGACAAAACUGCUCUCCGGACCAAUCAGCCCAUAAGCAUUGGGUAUUACCUUCAGGAGGCCGGAUACGGAGAGUCCAACCACUACACUGUUUUCUAAAAAGAGUUAACAAGAUGAAAAUGACAUGGAGCGGUUUGUUACAUUGAACCAAGAACUAUGAUCCUUAUUUACUCCCCAAACCUCAAAACAAGGGUACAGCCCAGAAUAGGAAACAUUACAUUGUGACUGUAGUACUGUUAGCUUGUUUACAAUUUUUACACUGUAUAUUAUGAAGACUUGUAUAUUAUUUUAUAUAUUAUAUAUUACUUUACAACUUUAUUUAACACAAGCCUAAAAACACACACUUUUACCCCGAACAUUUAUACACAAGUUUUGAAUGAAGUCAAGAAGAAUAAAACAAAAAUAAAAUAUUGAUCAAUGCACUUUUAAAAUCAGUGCACUUUUUUAUUUACACUAUAAUACUAAGAGGUUUAAACAUCAUUUAUAAUGGGCAUGCUCAUGCUAGCUAAGCUGAAUGACAAAACCAUGCCAAAAACUGCAUCCCAAUCCUCACAAUAAGAUAAAAUAGUGUCUAAAUAAUUGGACGGAUUUUGUACAGUAGCAUUUGCUAUGCAUACCAGUUUUGUACUAAUUUGGUGCAGUAAUUUAGUAAAAGAGCAAUCCCAUAACCCAUCCCAUCAUGCACCAUAAACCAAAAGGAUGAGGACAGUUGAGAAUUCGACUGUGAAAGUGCUCAUUUAUCUUCUACUGUGAACUUUUUUUUUUAGUUCUGAUUAAAAGGAAUAAAAUUAUCUGUUGAUAA